AUGGACGUUGGCAGGUACGAUGCCUUUGUGGACGUCACGCGGUCCUGGAUCAAGAGCGACGCCAUACGGACUGUGUGCGGGUGGAAGGAGCAGCUGUCUUGGCUCUACCUCUUCGACGACAUGGUGCUUGCACACAACGCGCCCACCUUCUCGAACAACCUGUGGACCAACAACCCCACAUCCACGACGCGCUUCCGCAAGACCCGCUCUUCGGUCUUUGCCAAGGCCAAGCAUGACAUGUUCGGCAAGCUUCUGCUCAGCGAGGUCUGGAUUAGGGAUCUGCCCGACUCGACAGGUCGGGACCGCAAGCACAUGUGGCAGCUGUGUGCUCCUGAUGUGACGUUCAUCUUUGUCUCGCGGUCACAAGCCGAGAAAACAGAGUGGCUGCAGGCCAUAGCAUCUGCCAUUGAGCAACUCAUGCUCCACGGUUCCGUCCGCGUCAACCGACGCCGAACGGUUACGCGGGCGGUCUCGUUUGCCGUGCUCAACAAGGACAAGAUCGCAGCGGAGAAGGAGCAGGAAGACGCGAAGGAGGAGGAGGCGGAGGAGAACAUAUCGGCCCACAUGCCAGAGGGGGUGCUCUAUCUGGCGCGUAACUUCGUGCGUGGCGGGCUGGCAUGGCGCGGCGAGCCCGUGGACGCCUCGUGCAAGUUCGACUCCGGCAAGAAGACCGUGGCCAACCGCAAAGAGAAGGAGAGCUCGCUGGGCCGGGGUGUGAGUGGCCUCGAGGCGCUGUUCAUGGUGGAUGGCGCGGCCAAGUCGAGCCUGAGGGACAGCGACGGCGGGUCGAUGCGCGACCACCAGGGUUCGGCCGCGGCUGGAGGAGGAGGAAGUGGUGGGCGGAAGGGCUCGGGCGACAGGGACGGAGGCGAGGGCGGCGGCGAUGGUUCGAGGCGAAAGGGCGCACAGCCGUCCAGUGGCAAGCAGAGCAACUCCCAGCGAUCCGGUCUCUUCGGCAGGCGGUCUACGACCAGUCACGCCUCCCUCUCGCAGCGCGACUUGAGCUCAAGCGUCACGGCACGAUCAACGACGACGAUCAAGUCGUUGGCCGUCGCCGUACCGAGUCCGUCCAGCGCCGAUUCGCACAGCAGCGGCAGCGGCGCCACCACUGCGAGGGCCACCUCCAAGCGGCGCUCUCUUCGACGUAAUCUGAGCUCGCUCGGCAUCACGGAGCUGUUGCAGCAUCAGAGCUCCUCCAACUCCAACGAUCGGCGAUUGUCCACUUCACCAGAUUCUGUGCGAGGAAGGGUGAUACAAAAGGGGUUCCUGUACCACCGAGACCAAACCGCAGAGGGCGGAUGGAAUCGUCGCUGGUGUGUCCUCACGUUCGAGCGACUGGCCAUUUAUGCCGGGCAACAGAGCUCGGAGGAAUUGACUGCUGUCAGUCUGAAGAACGCGACCAUCGAUCUGUGCGAGAGCGCGCGACCAAGUGGCAUGCAUUCCUUCAAAUUGUGCAACGGCGAAGAGAUCAUCCUCGCGACCGCGCUGGAGGCCGAGGCCAUGGCCUGGGUGUCCCGCAUUCAGUCGCCGUCGGCGAUGAAGAUGGUGCUGCAGGUGUAG